AUGGCAUCCUCGGCCACAUCGAUGCCCUCGCGCAUCGCCUCGGCCUCGGCUCGCAUCGCCAACCGCAUCGCCACUGGGCGCCGCACCCUGCACACCACUCCCAGCCCGCAUCCCUCCUCGAUCCAGGACAUCCUCCCGCCUUUCCUCGUCACCCCAAGCGCUUCCAUCGAUGGCGCUUGGCCAGCGGCCAAAAAGCUCCGCUCCUUUGCAUCGCCUCACUUCCGCGCAGCCGAGGCACGACGACCACCGCAAUCACCUUCAUCUUCGCCUUCGCCUUCGGCACAGGUCCCCACCCUCUUGCCUGAAGCUGAAGAUGUCGUGCAGCCCGUCAACGUCAGACAGAAUCGCGCCCUCCUCAUCGCCCGCCUCAUCGACGGCGGUCGCAUCAUCUCCGCCAUGUCGGCCUAUGCCGCCGACAUCCAGCAGCAGCGCACGCCUUUCACCAGGACCGACUACGAGCACUUCAUGAUCGCACUGCGUCGCUGCAUCCUGCACAGGUCCACCGCCCUGCCCGAAAAGGUCGGCAGGCACCCAAACGACUCGUCCCCCAUCUGGACGCCUGCAAAGAUGCCCGUCGGCACAGACCCCAGGUCCCUGCCCAUCGUCAACCAGUGUAUCCUCGCCAUGAGCGAGAUCUGGGACGCCUGCGUCACCAGCGGCAUCAUUCCUUCAAACAAGACCAUCUCGUCCCUAGUAUCCACCUUUUCCGACCACCUCCCACCCGACCACAUGCUGCAGGCCACCACCAUCGCAGCAGAUGCCUUCUUCGACGGCUGCAAGGCCACCUCGGAGGCAGCAAAGCUCCAGGAGUGCAGCCUCGGCGUCAUCAGCGCCCUCAUCAUCGGAUUCGGCAGGGGCAAGAGGCCAGACCUCGGCGAGGACCUGCUCAACCGCUGGUCCACCGCCCGCACCGCUCACACCAGCUCGGCUUCGUCUUCAUCGUCCCGAGCAGCCGCAUCGCCAUCGUACUCUGAGCUGGCACGGUCAGCCGCAGCUCCCCCGAGCCCUCCGCUUCCCGACACGGUCAGGCUGCCGGACAUCUGCCUCGCAGAAUGGACGGCGAACACCACCAUUUGGCUCUCGCUCGUCCAGAGCCGCGUCGAGUCCGGCGACAUCCGCGGCGCCGAGAUCUGGUUCCAAAGGUACCGCACCGUCAUCUUGGCUUCGGACGAGGUGUGCACCAGCCUUGGAGUCCGACGUCCAGCCGCGCCGUCCGCUGAACCUUACCUGCGGAUGAUGCGCAUCUACGCCCAGACCGUGCGCAAGGCCAACGGCUCGAAGGACGGCCGGCGGAUCGACGUAAAGAUGCGCACCGUCAUGGAGAUGAUGCGCGACGAUCGGAUCCCGAUGGACGCGGACAGCGUCGUCUUCAUCGUCCGCCGCCUGGCCGACUCGGGCAGGGUGAGCCAGAGCAUCGACCUGCUGGCGCAGAACGCCGAGCUGCUGUCGCUCUCGUCUGGGCGUGCACAUGCCGCGCCCCUCUCGCCACACCUCUUCAAGACCAUCUUUGGCCUCUACCGCGACCUCAACCGGGACACGAAGCGCAACGCACGGGUGCUGCGGCGGCUGGAGGCUCGCCUGCAGGAGGUUGCGCCCUUGCGAGGCGUGGUCGCCCGUUUCCUCGAAGCUGGCACAUGGCAACAGUCUGGGCGGGCCGUUGGCGUGCACAAGUUCCGCCAGACGGGUAUGCUCAACGGCGCGCUCAGCGCCUGCAUCCUCAAGCGCGACUUUGCAGCCGCACACGAGCUGGUCAACACCUUCCGAGCGUGGGGCCUGGAGCCGGACGGCGAGACGCACUCCAUCGUCAUGCAGGGGGUCGCGUCUGCGAACCUGCAGGUCUUCUUGGAAUGCGCGGGCGACGCAGCUUUCGGGCAGCACAUCGAGGUUAAGGAGACACUCGUUUGGAGCGUCGACGAGCUGCGCAAGGCCUACGCCGCCGAGGGCAGAGUGGCCGACAGCGAUCAGCUCGACCGCCUGAGGCUUGUGGCGGAAGGCAAUGCCAACGGCAAGGAGCGAUUCGAUGAGCCUCUGAUGACCCGGCUUUCAGCCAAGCCGCGCGGGCCGCGAACGACCCGGGAUACGGGCCACCUCUCGAAGCUGCUCGAGGCCGCCCUGGUGGCAGAGGUCGAGGCGGCCGACAUGGACGGCCCCAGCGCUGGAUCGGCGUCCGACUGGACAGAAGAUGUGCUGCGCGUCGUCAGGUUGGAGGCCAAGUCCACGGAGCGAUCGCAGCGCAUCGCGCACGAAGCCAUCCGUCAGGUCAAGGCGACGAUCCUGCCACCGCCGGUGGCCGCGUCGGCCCUGGCACGACACGGCGCACCAACAGCUCCCUCCCCUGCGCCGCCCAAGCUCGGUCGAACGUCGCGGCGUCCAGCCCUCUUGCAGCGCGAUGUCACCGGAAGCCCCGCAGCGUCGUCGCGCGGCCUGGCGACGUCGUGCUCUGGCAGCUCCGCACCGCCGCGACCGCUGCAGCACGCCCACCUGCCGCCGAUCCGCAUCGAGCACAUUCCGCAGCAGGUGCCGUACUCGCUGGGCCUGGCUCUGCAGGAACACCUCGUGGCCCGCCGCGCCUCUGCGCGCGCCCUCAUCCGCUCUGCACCAUCCCCUUCGCCCUCGUCGGCGCACAUCGAGGAGUCCGAGAUUGUCAAGCAGGCCCGCAAGGCGGCUUCGACCGACACGCUGCUGCUGCUCGAGCACAAGCCGGUAUACACCGAGGGGCGGCGCGAGGGCAAGGAGGAUGAGGCGGUGGCCACGGCGCUGCGCCAGCUGGGCGCCGACUACUUUGUCACGAAGCGGGGCGGGCAGAUUACGUACCACGGGCCCGGGCAGCUGGUGGGCUAUCCGAUCCUCGACAUUGGCGCCAUGGAGCUAUCGACGCGGUGCUACGUGGACCGGAUCCAGGAAAGCCUUAAGCUGGUGCUGGCCCAGCGGCACGGGCUGGUCACGGUGCCGCCGCCCGAGGACCACACGGGCGUGUGGGCCGACGAGUACCACAAGAUUGCCUCGAUCGGCAUCCAGGUGCGGCACCGGAUCACGUCGCACGGUUUCGCCCUCAACGUCGAACAGCGGAGCAUGCAGGGCUUCCGGCACAUUGUGGCGUGCGGCAUCCAGGGGCGCAGCAUGACGUGCAUCGAGCAGGAGCUGGGGAGGCAGCGCGGCAUGGCGCUCGCCGAACGCCGCGUCGACAUGCGCGACACGGUGCGCUGCGUCGUCGAGGGCAUGGCCACCGUAUUUGGCAGGAGGAUGCGCCCCGCCGAGGAAGGAGAGUUUGGCUACGAGUUUGGGGACGAGCACGACGUCGAGGCGGCGCUGAGCGGCCUGCGCAUCGAACGCCAUGCGGGCGAGCGCUUCGUCAAGCGCAUCUGGGUCGAUGGAGACGAGGUCGUGGUGCCGUCGCCGUAA